ACAUCUGUAGACUGGGUUUACGCUAUUGGAGAUGUCGUCGCGGCUCCGUUGCCGUUGUGGGACAUUGAUUCAGUCAACAUUCAACAUUUCCAAACCGCGCAAACCCAUGGGCAACUACUGGGAUACUCAAUCGUAGGCCGUCCAUUCCCGCAUGAAGUUAUACCCUUCUUCUGGACAACGUUUUUCUCUGAAAUUGGAUUGCGAUAUGCAGGAUGCUCUGAAGGAGCGCAGCACACCAUCGUCCACGGUAGCCUUGCCGAGCUCAAUUUUGCAAAAUAUUACUUGAAGGACGACGUCGUUGUAGCGGUUGCCAGUGCAGGUCCCAUACCAACUGCUAUACAAUUUGUGGAAUUAUUCAAAAGAAAAAUCACUGUUACUCGUGAAGAUGUGGAAAAGAACACGAGCAACGACUGGAUGACGCUUAUUGACGAGUAA